UCGACGUCUUUCUUUUCCACCACUUGUCAGAAAGAGGACCGUACGUUCACCUUGCUCGUGUGGAGCAGCAGGAGCAUCACAAGCACCAUGGAACAGGAGCGUGCAGGGACCCCCGUGGUCACCAUAGUGGGAGGUGGUCUGGUUGGGGCUUUGAAUGCCUCCUUCUUCGCCAAAAGAGGGUUUCAAGUGCAGCUCUAUGAGUCUCGUGAAGAUAUUCGAAAGGCUAAAAUUGUACGUGGCAGGAGUAUAAACCUGGCACUGUCCCAUCGAGGACGUGAAGCCCUGAAGCACAUCGGAAUGGAGGAGAAGAUUGUUUCAAAGGGGAUCCCCAUGAAGGCCCGGAUGAUCCACUCUCUCAGCGGGAAGCGGUCACCUAUUCCUUAUGGAAAGAAAGACCAGUACAUCCUGUCUGUGGACCGAGCCAACCUCAAUAAGGAGCUGCUAACAGCGGCGGAGAGGUACCCCAACGCCACACUGAACUUUGGACACAAGCUGCUGGCCUGGACAAUAGAUUGUGGGACAAUGACCUUCCAGGGGCCGGGGGGCGAAGAGGUGCAGGUCAACGCCGACUUCGUUGUGGGCUGCGACGGGGCCUUCUCCGUCGUCAGGAGGCAGUUCCUCCGUCAGAGCCGCUUCAACUACAGCCAGACGUACAUUCCCCACGGAUACAUGGAGCUCACGAUGCCCCCCCUCGACGGUCAGUUUGCUCUCGCUCCCAACUUCUUGCACAUCUGGCCCCGGAACACAUUCAUGAUGAUUGCUCUGCCAAACCUGGACAAGACGUUCACCUGCACCCUCUUCAUGCCUUUCGAUGAGUUUGACAAAAUUACCACGGGAGAGCAGGUCCUGGAUCUUUUCCAGACAUAUUUCCCGGAUGCCGUCCCCUUAAUUGGAGCAGAUGCCCUCAAGAGGGACUACUUCCGCUUGCCAGCCCAGGCCAUGGUCUCCGUCAAGUGCUCUCCGUACCACAUAGGUGACAGCUGUGUCCUGAUGGGGGACGCCGCCCAUGCCAUGGUGCCCUUCUACGGCCAGGGCAUGAAUGCGGGGUUCGAGGACUGUCUGGUUUUCGAUGAAUUAAUGGAUCAGCUCAAUGAUGAUUUCGGUGCCGUCCUUCCCGAGUUCUCCAGAGUCAGAGUACCAGACGCCCAAGCCAUCGUUGAUCUUGCCAUGUACAACUACAUCGAGAUGCGGGCGCAUGUCAACUCCAGGUGGUUUCGCUUCCGGAAACAUCUCGAUAAUUUUCUUCAUUUCCUCAUGCCGACUACAAUGAUCCCAUUGUACACCAUGGUAACAUUCACCAGGACCAGGUACCAUGAAGCACUGAAACGCUGGCACUGGCAGAACAAAGUCAUCAACAGAGGUAUAUUUCUGUGCUGUGUCACCUUGGCGAUUGGGGGAACCUCCACAGUCAUCAAACACCUCCCUCAGCAUCCCAGUGUCCUCCUGGAGCAUCUCCGAAGCCGAGUUCUGGCCCUCAAGAAAUUCUGAAGUUCCGCCUAGGCAUCAUAAAGAGAAGCCAAAUUUCCUGCAGUUUCUUCCUGGUACAUUCAAGAACGCCAUCUUUCUACAAGACUUAUAAUUUACAUUUGGACGAGGGCUUAAUAGCAGUUUUCAUUCAUUUCAAGGGUUCUGGCAGGAUUACGGUGGCAUGUGUGGCCACAGGCCAUUAACUCAGCCCCAGUCGUUAGUUAUCGCGAAUCAUUAGCUCAUUGGCAGUUAACCCAUUUGUUUCCGCUGAGGUCAGUGUCAUCAGCCUUGCUUUUCGUACACGUGUUCCGGGUCUUUCCGCAGCAGACUGUUGCCUUGGUGGUAUCUGGAAAACAGGUGGUAUCUGGCUAUGGAUUUCAGACUCACAUUUUUGUUUUGUGUUGCUCCCUGACAAUGGAAGCCUACUUGUAGUAGGUUUAUGCUGUCAAAGCGAGGUAGAGAGCUCUCGAGGAAAGGCUCGUGCGAAGAAAUAGGAGGACGGCAGUUACCACAGAUAAAAAGCCUCUCUGUCGUCCUUCAACUUCUUAUCGAACUGUUCUGUCCAUCUAUUUCAAGCCUCUUAAUCUAACUGCAGGUAAUUUGUCGGUGACAGAAGCCACAAAUAUGAGGCUUCCAAGUGAAAUCUUUGUUCGCUGAACCCUCGCUGAGGUUUAACUCCAAUCAGAAGAAAUGCUGCAAGAAAACAUCUGUUCUGAAAUGAGAUAUGUGCUCCCCUGAAACUCUCACUGCUUGAAAAAUAAAUAAGAACGUAAAAACUGCUGACUUUGCAUUUUUUGGGAGCAUCAGACCUGAGCAGCAGACUUUUGAAGAUAAUAUUAAUUUGCGUGAUCUGUGAAAUAAACUGAUGACCGUUGGACAAUUGCCACUACUGUUCCCAUUGGAGCUCCUCCCAGACACGUAUUGAAAUAUCUGCUCAGACAUGCGGUUCUCCAGCCAUGGAGAUUUUCUACAGGUAUGUGAGGCCUCUCGGACCACGGAGAAGUACCGGUUUGCAUCAUGGGCACAGAGCAGCCAGUCUUCGGUGAAGGAACAUUGAGUCACCUUUCACUGUCUACAUGUGUCAUUUCUGUCCUCAGCAAUAGUCCAGAUGCUCACCUUAUUUAAACACUUGUUGUCCUCUUCCUGUGCCAUGUGUUUGGGCCACCUUGGACCACAGCGUGUGCGUCAUGAAGCCAUGAACAAAGCGUUGAUUAAGCAAUAAUAUUACCACUGAAAGUGUACCCAUUCCCUGCAGAACAGGGUCUUUCAGAAGAAAUGCACGAUGAAGCAGCGUAUGAAAAUAGCUGCCCUUUGGCUCACAUAGUGGGCCUUUGGCUCUAUAUACAGCAGUGGGGAUUUUUACCUGCUAAAUGGGCCAUUUGUACCAAGUUUGAUGUGAAUAAGAAAUGCAUUUAAUUACAUAUUUGACAUUUUUAUGAUCAGAUGCAAGAUUCAGUGCCAUUUUAAGAUAGUCUGCUUUGAAUGCUUACAGGUGAAUACAGUUUGUGUUUCACAUACCUUGUUUCCUGACAACGGUGCAUGAAGCGGUCUGCAGUAUAUCGCUCAUAUUUUUUUACCCCACAAUACCGGACAGGUUUACACCACUGAGAGAAAAAGGAUACGGUACAGUUAUGUGUUAGGUGUGUGAUGUGCCCAGCGCAAAGUGUUUCCAGUGCAAAAGUGCACUGUGUCCUGCCACCUUUAACCCAAUGGGCGUUACUCCCAGUUUAAGUGCAGCAGUACAGAAAAACAUGGACUGUGUUCCAGAACUCGAAAGUAAAAAAGCCUCUUUUAAUCAUAAGCAAUACGAUCUGAUCCACCCAUGUAUUCAUUAUAGACACAGUAUAUUUAAAC